UUUCGUAAUUACUAUUUUGCCUCAGAAACGUGUGUUUUAGAAAAUGAGCUGCACCUUUAAAUUGUUAGGUUUCGCUGAAGAUAGUUCGCUGUCCAUUUUUGUAAAAUUCGACAGCGAUGACAAAACACGCCCCCGUCGUUGACAGUGCAGAUAACCACUCUCAGUAGUCUGCGUGGUUCAGGGAGAGACUGGACAUAUGAUUUGGCUGGGGUGGGUGUGGGUUCUUCUGUGUGAAACAACUACCAGAAGGUCCGACGGGUCUGAAGGCAGUUAGCUUAUGUAUUUUUGUCACCCUGCUGGGACUUGUGCUGCUCUGGAACCACAUCCAGCUGUCUGGUUUGACCCGACUGUUUGAUAAGGAACUGUUAACAUCGCCACACAAAAAAAACACAAGGGGUUUGUGUGGAAGACUGCUAAGUAGCUAGCAAGGACAAGGUUAACAAGCGAAUCGAUUUGCCCCGCUGGGUAUGAUGGCUAUCUGCAGCUGUCCGUGCAAAGGUCAGAUUGGACUGAGGUACAUUUAAUAGCAAUUUUGGGGAGAAAUGGGUUUGUGUAUGUAGCUAGUGGGGUACUACAUUUGCCAGUAACUGUCGCAAUGCGCUUCAACGAGAAGGAGCUUGUUUCACUGAGCCGCCAGCCCUCCGAGAGGGCUGCGGAGCUGGGAAUGAAGGGACCUAAAAAAGGAGACGUUGUUAAAAAGAGGCUGGUGAAACUGAUUGUGAAUUUCCUGUUUUACUUUCGCACCGACGAGGAGGAGCCUAUAGGAGCCCUCUUGUUAGAACAGUGCCGGGUGGAGAGGGAGGAUGAUCUAGCCUUUUCCAUAGCUUUCCUCGAUGAGGCUGAGAGGAAGUAUUUGUUUGAGUGUGACACCCAGGAGCAGUGCCUUGACUGGAUAGACUCCAUCGUCAAAGCCAGUUAUGAAUUCAUGCGCAAGAACUUGAUCUUCUAUCGCACAGAGAUCCAUCGGCUGACCGGCAAGGAUCCUCUGGAGCAGUAUGGCAUAUCUGACGAGACGCGCUUCCAGGUUAACAGCGGCCUUCCUCCACUCCCUGCUCCACCCACUUAACCCCAGUGCCCCCACCAGAGUUGUUUUAAAGUAGAAGUGCUUUUACAAAUGUAAUUGCAACACUAGUAGCAUGCUAUUACAAAGUUGAAACCAUGUAAUGUCCUCCAACUAGUGUUGUAAAUACAUCUGUAAGAGUACUUCCACUUCUACUGUAUACAACUCCCCCCACAGACCACCGUCUCACCCCACCCCACCGCACUUCACCUUGCCACUUCACUCAAACACAUUCCCAGUCCUCCUUUAAACACCUCUGCUCCACUUCGACAGAAGUCACUCCAGCCUACCUACACCUGUAACGCCAUUACAACCACCUCAAGACUUUCAUCCGUGGUCUAUGUAUGGCGUCACACACGGAGGGCAAGUACGUACAUGCAUGGAGUAUUCUGGUUUCAAACGGAAUAUUGUCAGUAUUCGGUUUAGAACAAGUUCCGGAAUACCGGUAUUCAUGUGUGGAACAAUGUUCUGCAACCGGAAUAUUCCUGCAACACAGCUACAUUUGGAAUAGACAGAGUUUAUAUAUAUGACUCUUGCAGAAACCGAAUACUGCCAACAUUCCAGUUAAAAUCGUAAUAUUCCUUGUAUCUAACUGCGCUCAAUCACAUCUCUGCUGGAGUCAGAGAUUCAUCGGAGGCAUUGCAGGCAGCUUUGACAUGACGGGUAGCAUUGUCGUACACUCCCGAAGUACACAGCUGUCUUGAAACUGUUUUACAAUUUAUGAAUGUGGUCAUUGCCUUUGCACAAUUGGGCUUGUCAUCUAUUUUGUCUUUUUUUAUUAUUCCUUUCUGCUUCCUCUUUGUCUUCUUUAAAAUGGCACAGAGAUCUUGAGCUGUCUGGUGCCAAUGCCAUGUCUUUUAUUUCAGUGUAGGUACCAGCUAAGUCUGAGCCAGUUAUUUCACUGUUCUAAGUGGCUGUUGAGGGACAAACAUUGUUCUGAGAAAUCUGGGUUACACUUCUUUGUUUGCCUCAUCAUGCUUUUUUGCACUAUUGCUGUUGAGAGAAUCUGUCAGACUUAACGUUUACUAAAUGUAUACUUUUGUGCCUUUUUUCCCUUGGGGUACACCUGCCUAGGUAGUUAGGGUCUUCAGUUAGGUAGUGUCAAGUAGGAUACUUUGGCAUCUGAUCAUUCACACAAUCAUUUUGCACAUCUUUUUUUAAUCUUUGUAUGUAUUGUGUGUCUUUGCUCUACAGUUGUUCAUGUCAAAAAAUAAUUUGUUUUUAAACAAAAUCACUUCACAGUGGUCAAUUGAAAUGUGCUUGAUCCCUGGUGGACAUAAAAUAAAAACAAGGAAAGGAAUUUACACUCUGCUCACAUGAUGCCGAUACUCAGUAUUGAAUACUUUUAAUUGAUACACAAUGGGGCAGUGUGUUGAUUUUUUUGAAAUGUUAAUUACAUUUUACAGCAAAUGUUGUACAAGCUCCCAUAUGGCCACAAUUAUUGUUUUCAGAUUUUAGGUUACCUUAGUAGCAAGCCAGAGGCUAGUGAUAGUUUUAGCAUCUACUAAAUUCAACUUAAGAAGGCAAGAGUUACAUUAGAAUCCAUACAUCUCUGAUCAUGUGUCGUGUCGUUAAAGCAAUUCCCAUUUCAUCAAGUCUGUGGUGUCAUCCUGUCCUGUUUACAGCACACAUUCUAAUCAAGCUGUAAUAACUCAUCACAAUCAUGGUCUAUUUUUAUAAUAAAUGUUUUCUUAAGUCAAAA